UGACGAUAAAUCCGCUGCCGUGUUUCCACAACCUUCCGUAUUUUACAGAUUUCAUUCUGAAGCCCUUCCUACACACUCCGGAUCCAGCUCACACUCACAAACCGGUGCCGGGUUUUCACGAGCGCCUGUAUAUUGCCCAGCGCAACGCAGAAUGGACUAGGGGAACAAACAUUAUGGCUGCCAGUCUGUCCCUGACUCAGCUUUCAAGUGGAAAUCCUGUCUAUGACAAAUACUACCGACAGGUGGACCCUUCUGGUUGUGGGCACGUGACAGCCACCGAUGCGGCCGUUUUUCUGAAGAAAUCUGGUCUUACGGAUCUGAUCCUUGGCAAGAUAUGGGAUCUGGCUGAUGAAGAACGUAAGGGCUGCUUGAACAAGCAGCAAUUCUUCAUCGCUCUAAGACUGGUGGCUUGUGCCCAGAAUGGACUGGAGGUGACCCUCAAAAGCCUGAAUGCAGCCGUUCCUCCGCCUAAGUUUCAUGAUUCAGGCAGCCCGCUUUUACCAUCUGGAGGUGUCCCUGUUGAUUGCCCAUGGGUUGUCAAGGCAGAGGAGAAGCUGAAGUUUGAUGCCAUCUUCGACAGCCUGGGCCCUGUUAAUGGCAUUCUGUCUGGGGAGAAGGUCAAGCCAGUGCUGCUGAACUCCAAGCUUCCUGUGGACAUCCUGGGCCGAGUCUGGGAUUUAAGUGACAUUGACAGGGAUGGCAUGCUGGAUAGGGAUGAGUUUGCAGUGGCCAUGCACCUUGUGUACAGAGCUCUAGAGCAGGAACCAGUGCCGAUGUCACUGCCCGCUGCCCUGAUACCGCCAUCCAAGCGGAAGAAGCCCAUCAAGCCCCCCCCAGUCAUGCCUCUCUUGCCUUCACCGCCCUCCCAUAAAGACGGCCGUUCUUCCCACAGCGCAUCCAAGAUACCUCCAUCUAAACCUGCGGCCGUGACUCAGUCCCAUCCCCCACAGUGGGUGGUGUCUCCCACAGACAAAGCCAAGUACGAUGAGCUGUUCACAAAAACGGACACUGACAUGGAUGGGCUGGUGUCGGGGCCUGAGGUGCGGGACAUCUUCCUGAAGACCGGGCUCCCAUCCACCACACUGGCACGCAUCUGGGAGCUGUGUGACACCGGUGACACAGGAAAGCUGACCCGGGACCAGUUUGCCUUGGCGCUCCAUUUGAUCAACCAGAAACUGGCCAAAGGAGUGGACCCACCCCAGGCUCUCACUCCUGAGAUGAUCCCACCCUCUGACAAGCUAAGUACAGCAGCUUGCGGCUGUCUCUGUCUCUCUGAUCCUGUCUCUGUGUGGUGUGUCUUUGCGUUCUCCCUCAUGAGCCAUGUGUUGGCCGCAAGUACCACAAUCCUGAGCCAGGCGGCAGACUUCUCAGCCAUCAAGGAACUGGACUCCCUCAGCAACGAGAUAGUUGACCUGCAGAGACAGCCCCCCCGCCCCACACAGGCACACAUACUGGUGGUGCAGCAGCCAUCGCGGUUGUCUGCCAGGCAGCAGCUUGCAGGAAUGGUUGUGGAGGGUGAGGAGCUGAGUUCUGAAGCUCCUGAUGGCGAGGAAGGAGGAGGCUGGCCUGCGCUGUCAUCCUUCUCCUCGGCCUUUAAAUACUCCUGUCUUUUCUGCUGGUCUUCUAGGGAGAAGUCCUCUGUGGAGCAGGAAAUAAAGGAGAAGGAGGAGAGCAUCCAACAACGGAGCAGCGAAGUUCAGGACCUGCAGGAUGAGGUUCAGCGAGAGAGCAGCGAACUGCAGCGGCUGCAGUCCCAGCGUCAGGACACGCAGGAUGCAUUGGACAAGCUGGACAGGCAGAAGGCUGCUCUAGAGGACCAGCUGGGCCAGAUCCGGCAGCUGUGCAACGAUGAGAAUGAGCUGAUCCUGUCCUUGCAGGCACAGCAGGUUGAACAGGAGGAGAAGAUUGUGGAGUACCAGACAGAACUGGCGCGUGCACAGGAGGAGCUCCAGCGGCUUCAGGAGGAAGCAGCCCACAUGGAGGAGAAGGUGAAAGCAGCAUAUGCUCAACUGAGCCCGCUGCAGGACUCCAUCAAGCACUCGUAUUCUGAGGUUUCGCAGGUGCAGCAAAAGCUCCGUGAUCUGCAGAUGCAGGAGAGGAAUGUUGUGGCCCAACUAAGCUGGACGAAACACAUCCAAGAGGAGCCAGCAAUGGUGAAUGGGGCACUUGAGGAGGAGCAGCACAAUCAUCAGCAAGAACCGUUAAGCAGGGAGGAAUUGCAGGAGCAGCAUGAGAUUGAAGAGCAGGAACAAGAAGAGAGGCUCAGGACUCCUGAGGAACAAGGACCCAGACUCAGUAGCCCAGAAGGUUUCUGUAAUGUUCCUGUGGCCACUUGGCCAGAAGACGACAAUGAAACAUGCAAUGCAUCAUCUUCAACUGAGGUGGCAUCUGAUGUAAAAGAAGAGGAAGAGUCAUCCAAAGACAGCACUCCUAAGGUGGAGUCACCAGAGUUGGAGAUGACUCUGGAGCCUUCUCAGCUGGCCUUGCAACCUCUACCCCAGGAAAGCACUCCCCCCAUUGCUGCUCCCCUGGACUUCUUCCAGGCAGACCCUUUUUCUGAUAAUCCUUUCGGUGGGGAUCCCUUCAAGGGCAUGGACCCCUUCGGUGCAGAGUCCUUCUUCAAGCAGCGGUCCACUGACCCCUUCACAUCUGACGACCCUUUCAGCAGUGGUCGUAGCUCACUGGAGCCAGCGUUGUUCAGCAGCCGCAUGGACGCCACGUCUUCUGACCCCUUCAGCUCCACAGUGAAUAACCCAUCAGGGGCUGACCCAUUCAGUUCCAAAACCAGUAAUGUCAUGGACCUUGACCCUUUUGGCUCUCAAGUCAUCUCAGCUGCUCCAGACCCCUUCACUUCCUCCCCACCCUGCCAUGAACUUCCCACGGUGGGACUGCAGUGA